AUGCUAAUGAGUCAAAGGUAGGGAGACCGGAUCCGCUCGGCUUUUCCAGAGAGAUCUCAGAGCUGUGAGGCUAUCGCGGAGCGGAGCCUGUCUGAGAGGAGCCGGGUCAAGGCUAGCGGACUGAGGCCCCCGAUCCAGAGCCGGCGCCCCUGCCAUACCGGGGAGCCGGCCAUGCCCCCGCGGGAGCUGGCUGAGCCGGAGCCUCCCCCGGCCCGGGCCCCGACCCCUCCCCCGCGGCGGGGCAGUGUGGCCCCGGAGCUGGGCAUCAAGUGCGUGCUGGUGGGAGAUGGAGCAGUGGGCAAGAGCAGCCUCAUCGUCAGCUACACCUGCAAUGGGUACCCGGCCUGUUACCGGCCCACUGCGCUGGACACCUUCUCCGUACAAGUCCUGGUGGACGGAGCCCCAGUCCGGAUUGAGCUCUGGGACACAGCUGGACAGGAGGACUUCGACCGUCUUCGAUCCCUCUGUUACCCAGACACCGAUGUCUUCCUGGCUUGCUUCAGUGUCGUGCAGCCUGGCUCCUUCCAAAACAUCACAGAGAAAUGGCUGCCUGAGAUUCGAACCCACAACCCCCAGGCCCCUGUUUUGCUAGUGGGCACUCAGGCUGAUUUGCGGGAUGAUGUUAAUGUACUGAUUCAAUUGGACCAAGGGGGUCGGGAGACCCCUGUGCCCCAUCCCCAGGCUCAGGGUUUGGCGGAAAAGAUCCGAGCCCGGGGGUACUUGGAAUGCUCUGCUCUGACUCAAAAGAACUUGAAGGAGGUGUUCGAUGCAGCUAUUCUCAGUGCCAUUGAGCACAAGGCUAGACUGGAGAAGAAGCUCAAUGCCAAAGGUGUCCGGACACUCUCCCGCUGCAGAUGGAAGAAAUUCUUCUGCUUUGUUUGAGCCCCUGUUUGAGUGGGGAGGGGAGCAGGAGGCUAGAGACACUUGGACCCAUGGGGCCAUGGGAGACCUUGGAGCUGCUGGCAGGACCAGAGCCUAGGUCAGCUUCAGCACAGGAUGUGUGUGGACCUUUCCUGGUAAUUGUAGGAACAGAGAGCUGUUAACUGUUGGCUUUAUUUUACCUAUUUGGGACCAAGACCUGUAGGAAGGAAGGUGCCUGGAUUUCAGUUCAUAGUUUAGAAAGCAGCCUAUUCCUUAAGGUGACUACCAUAGUCAAUAGCCCUGAUUUACUGGGGUUUUCCAGCUUGGGCCCCCAAGCCAAUACGACUGAAGAAGGAAGAAUUCUCGCUUGGGUUUCCUCCAGGAAAAUGGCAGAGUCCCUUGUGGCCUGUAGGUUCUGGCCCAGCCAAGGGAGAACCUGGCCAGAACAUCUUAGGACUGAACUUAUCCGAGAGGGCAGCUAGCUGCAAAGAAGAAGCUUUGGUGAUAGGAGAGGAUGCUGAAGAACUGGGAGGAAGGUUCUGUAAUGGAAGAGAGAGCUUUAGAAAAGAGAUGGGAAGGAAGGACUAGAAUGAUGGCAUAUGGUGGGGUGGGCAUGGCUAGAGUGAAGAAGUGAUGUGAGCAGGCUGGAAGGAGAAGAUGGGAACUUGGGGGAGGUUCUCCAAGGGAAUAGAGAGAUCUUUGGGAACCAGAUAGUUUGGGAUGAGAGAUAAGGAAGCCAGGAGCAGAGAAAAGGGGAGCGGGAGAGGGAAAAGGCUGUUGCUGGGGGAGAGAGGAGGGGCUUGUCUCGGGCUCCUCCCUGGGUCUGCCCUUAGCCCCAUCUCUGCCUGGGGCCCUGAAGAGAGGAGCUCUCAGUCCCUGUUCAGUACUGCCCAAACUGGCUGGACAGGAGUGGGGGAAGUGAGGACUGCAUCUUGGAGAAGAGGGUUCCUGGAGGGGAGGGGCCACAGCAGCAAUGGGGAGAAGCAGAGGAGGGGGUUUUGAAGACCACAUGCCAAUUUUCUCCAUUGAAGGUCCAGUCCCUAAGAGGGAAUACAGAAGGGACUCUGGAGCGAUGGUUACCAAUAAAAGUCUCAAAUGUCUGAA